AGAGCGCUUGGCAGCCAGGUCAUGCAACUUCACCUAGCUUUCAAGAAGUUGGCGUAAAGCACUAACUGAAGCGUUCUUCUCACUUUUCAUUCUCUUCACUUACUCACACAAAAGCCUAUAUCUGAUUUACACUCUCGACUUGGAAGUUUCGGUAAUAACCUCACUUCAUCCAUCAAGAUAAGAUCUACACCAUGGCGCAGCACAAACUCAAGACUAGCAUUGCUAUCCUCGGCUGCGGCGAUGUGGGAUCAACACUCGCCUACACGCUCAUCCUCCAGCCCAUCUGUAGCGAAGUGAUCUUGGUCGACCUGAAGAAAGAGCUAUUGGAAGCCCAGGUGCGAGACUUGAAUGAUGCAACGUAUCGCGGAGGUUCUGGAACCAAAGUUCGUGCCGGAACACACCAGGAUGCCGGACAAGCGGACAUUGUGGUCAUCACGGCGGGCGCGAAGCAAAAGAUGGGUGAAUCGCGUCUCUCGCUUCUCAGUCGUAACUUGCAUAUUUUGUCUUCAAUAUUCAGCUCCAUGGCGCCCAUUUCACCGCAUACAAUUCUUCUGCUAGUCGCAAAUCCGGUAGACAUUUUGACCUACUUUGCCCGUAAACUGUCAGGUCUCCCGGAAUCCCAAGUCCUCGGCACAGGCACGAGUCUUGACUCGGCUCGAUUACGGGGCAUUCUUUCGCAAAAGGCAGAAGUUGCCCCAAACAGUAUCGACGCAUAUGUACUUGGCGAACAUGGAGAUAAUCAGUUUAUCGCCUGGUCGAGCGCAACGAUCGGCACAACACCUCUUGCUCUUGCUAUGCCUAACCAACUAACCCCCGAUUUCAAAGCUUCAAUCGCAAACCACACCCGUGGAGCAGCGGGCGCCAUCAUCGCGGCCAAAGGCUGCACUGCUUACGGCAUUGGAGGAAUUGCUGCUAGCAUUUGCAAAUACAUUUUAUUUGACUCGCGGACCGUAAGACCGUUAUCGUUCUACCAACCUGAGCUUGGCUGCUGUUUGUCGAUGCCAGCGGUGGUGGGCAGGACCGGUAUCGUGAAGACGAUGCCGAUUGAGCUCGAUCAGACAGAGAGAGCGGAACUGGAGGCUUGCGCGAAAGAAUUGAGAGCAAUCAUUGAGGGCGCGGAGAAAGAACUCAUUGUUGAACAGCAGUUGCGGAAGUUGCUGGAGAGUGGGGUGAAGAGUGGGGUGGGGAGACGUGGCAGGCAAGAGAGUACACUCAUGAGCUUGUUAUGCUCUGGCACAACGAGCCAGUUUGGAAAUCUACAGCUAGAUACUCGGAGAUGAUUGCAAUAGUCACCCUUCACGACAGCUUUGGUUUCUGUUCGAUUCUUUCUACUCGUGCUUUCGAGUGGGAAGUAUACAGUUUUUUAUUGCAAAAUAUCACACACAUCAACUGAUUGUUUAUUGCCUCAAAAUAUACGCACAACAAUCAGAAGAUAGUCGCGCAAGGACAGAAGAAGAGCAGGAGGUGCAGAAAGGGUUCGAGGCUAACGUUUAGCUUAC